AUGUCUCUUCCAACUGUCUACGUCGUCGCUGCAACUGGCACCCAGGGCUCAGCAGUCUGUCGUCAACUACGCCAACUAGGCUGGACAGUCCGAGCAACAGUGCGAAACAUGCAAUCAACACAGGCUCAAGCCUUAGCCAAUAUCGGUGUUAUUCUCAACUCUGGCGAUUGGAAUAAUCAAGAUGCCCUCGCAGCUGGUCUUGAAGACUGCGACAAGUUAUUCUUGGUUCUCGCUCCCAACUACACCGAUUUGGAUGAUGAGCGAGUUUGGGCUCAGAACAUCUUGUCUCUUGCUAAGCAGAAGGGUGUGUCUGAUGUUGUCUACUCGAGCUCCGUUAGCGCUGAUGCUCCUGAGAAACGCACUCUUCUUUCGCCCAAACAUCUUCUCCCCAGGAGCCUUUUCGUCAAGAAUGUUAUUGAGGGGCUCGUGAAGCGCGCGGGCUUUGAGCAUUGGACUAUUCUACGCCCCGGCUUCAUCAUGACCAAUUUACUUGCACCAAAGGCCCUCUUUUAUCGCGACUUAUUUGAGAAUAACACUUGGUUGACAGCUUUGACGCCCGAUACUCAGCUCAACUUGAUCGACCCCGAAGACAUUGCAAAGUUCGCCGUCGCUGCGUUGCACGACCCUGCGAAAUUCCACGGUCACGGGAUCGAUCUUGUUGGGGAACGAUUGACGGCUGUUGAGAUGAUGGAAGCUCUAUCUGAGGUUGUGGGGCGCGAGAUAACGGCUUCCUUUUACACUGAGGAACAGAUCGCGCAGGACAUUGAGAAGAAUCCGUUUAUUGGAGCAUCGCUCUUUUUGCGGGAUGGAGUGAAGCAUGUUGAUGCUGAGAAGGUCAAGACUUGGGGGGUUCCGAUGGGUACUUACAGGGAGUUUCUUGCUCGAGAGAAGGAGGCUGUUCAGAAAACGUACAAUUGA